CACCACUUCAUCACGUUCUACUGAUGGUUAGUCGUACAUUUAAUUGUAAAAUGACUCGAGGGGCCCGAGGCACUGCCAUAACCGCAAGACCAGGUCUGGAAACAUCUGUCGACACACAAACUCUUCCACUAUCCGUUGCUGGAGUCCAAUGGCUAUUGGCCCUUCUUCUAUGUCACGAAUCUCCCCACUUUGCAACAGACGCCACGUAUGCGGUGGUAAUUCGGCGGCAUGUUGUUUGAGAUUCCGAAUCCAUCGCACGAGAUCUACCACACUCGACGUGUCGUACUGGCGGUGCCGAUGGACGUCCAGCCCCCGUGCUUUCACCCGCGCCCCCCAGUCCAUCGUCCCUUUCCUUUCUCGUCCAUCAUAGUCAUCCUUAUCAUGACAAGUCCAGGAAAUAUCCUGCUGCCGUUUCGUCAGCUCCACAUAUGCGUGGUUGGCCACCAUCUCAAUGUACGCCAGCUUUUGACUGGCAGGCCACAAGAAUGGAUGCCGCGUCACGUCCUCCAUGGCCAAGCGCCGAGUCGGGUCGAUAUGUGUCAUGGCGUUCAAUAGAUCCAACGCUUCCGCCGACAUCUGGGGUCGACGGGGGAUCGGGGGGGGGACUUGGGGGGUCGAGGUAGG